AUGGCGUCCUCUUCCUCCUCCCUCCCCUCCUCCGCCCUCAACCCACGGCGACAUGUCGGUGUCCACGCAGAGCGCGUAUCCGACGUCGCAAGCACAGAGUUCCCCGGCCAUUACCCCGGUGAGGAUCACAGUUGGAACCUGGAUGACUUCAAAAAGGAAAUGAGCGUAUCAGUCAAGAGACUGUCCCAACGAUCGGUCGAGUUCGACUUGGUUGGGGUGGACGCAUCAAUAGCGAACGCCUUCCGACGAGUAUUGAUCGCGGAGGUUCCCACCAUCGCAAUAGAGGAUGUAUACGUCCAUAACAACACCUCCGUGAUUCAAGACGAAGUCCUCGCCCAACGCAUCGGCCUCAUACCCCUCAAUGUUGACCCUCGCUACUUUGAGUAUCGUCCAACGGGAGGUGUCCCCACCGACAGGAAUACUCUGGUCUUCCAGUUGAACGUCCAAUGCGAACGGGCGCGCAAAUCCACAAAAGAUGCAUCUCCUUACAUCCACGAACAUGUCACGAGUGGUGACCUUGUAUGGGUCCCCCAAGGCGAGCAGGAGUCCGUGUUUGCGGACAAGCCUGCCGCGGCUACCAACAAGGAUAUCGUACUCGCGAAGUUGCGGCCUGGGCAAGUGGUGGAUAUGGAACUCCAUGCGAUCAAAGGGGUUGGGAAAGAGCACGCGAAGUGGAGCCCUGUCGCUACCGCUACGUACCGUUUGCACCCGCUCAUCGUCCUCAACCCGUCAAAACCUGUGCCGCCGGAGCACGCUGACAAGUUUGCCAAAUGCUUCAGCCCGGGAGUGAUCAAGGUCGGCGCGAAUAGGACCGUCACGGUCGAUGAGCGGUACUUGCGCACGGAUACGGUUUCGCGCGAGGCACUCCGACACAAGGAGUUUGAGGGCUGUGUCGAGCUCAAGCGUAUUCGUGAUUGGUUCAUCUUCAGCGUUGAAUCCGAAGGCCCAUACACGCCACAGGAGCUUUUUCCGGAGUCGGUCAAGGUCAUGCGCGCCAAGAUCGCGGCGAUUCGUGUGGCGGCGGAGGCGCUCCUGCGAGACACCCGAGACGUGAACGGGGCAGAGCCGGACGCAGACGGCGACGUCGAGAUGGAGAGCGCGUGA